AAAUCUCGCGGUGCUACCAUUCAGACAUCUUGCAUUUUAUUAAGUCUGGUCUUGGAAAAUUUUCUCCCUUAAACAUACAUUAUAUAUGUGUAUUCAUUCCACGCGGAAACAGAUUCCUGCUGGUUUUAGAAACCACAUUAUUUUUUCUCCUCUCCUCUGCGUUAACGGAUGUGAGGCGGUUGGACCGAGCCUCGCGUGCCAAUCCCGCGGAGUUUAGACGGUCUCUCACGGGGGCUCUGUAGCUGUAUUGUGCGUCAUCUCCAUCGCUGCUCGGUCUGUUAUUUUUCUCUCCGUUGAGGAAACAUGGCAACUCCCGCCGCGGUCAAUCCGUCCGAGAUGGGCAGCGAGUUGCCAGGGACAGUUGGGAUGCCGGGAGCAGUUGGUGCUGGCCAGGUGAGGAUGGGAGGAGCCGUGCCGGGCCGUGGGGGCAAGAGGAGAUCAGGAGGAAUGGACUUUGAUGACGAAGACGGAGAGGGACCUAGCAAAUUUUCAAGGUAUGAUGAUGAUCAGAUUCCUGGUGGAGAUAAGGAGAGAUACGCCAGAGAGAACCACAGUGAGAUUGAGCGACGCCGGCGAAACAAAAUGACCCAGUACAUCACCGAGCUGUCAGACAUGGUCCCUACCUGCAGCGCCCUCGCCCGCAAACCUGAUAAGCUGACCAUCCUGCGUAUGGCCGUCUCUCAUAUGAAAUCAAUGAGGGGCACCGGCAACACGUCCACUGAUGGGGCCUAUAAGCCCUCGUUUCUCACUGAACAGGAACUGAAGCAUCUGAUCCUGGAGGCAGCGGACGGCUUCCUGUUCGUGGUCGCUGCAGAAACUGGCCGGGUGAUCUACGUGUCGGACUCGGUGACGCCGGUGCUGAACCAUCCCCAGUCAGAGUGGUUUGGCAGCACUCUCUACGAACAGGUCCACCCCGAUGAUGUGGACAAGCUGAGGGAACAGCUCAGCACCUCAGAGAACUCCAUGACAGGACGGAUUCUGGACCUGAAGACAGGAACAGUGAAAAAGGAGGGGCAGCAGUCCUCCAUGAGGAUGUGCAUGGGCUCCCGACGCUCCUUCAUCUGCCGCAUGAGGUGUGGCAGUGCUCCUCUGGAUCACAUCUCCCUAAACCGUCUGUCUAACAUGAGGAAGAGAUACAGGAAUGGCCUUGGACCCUCAAAAGAAGGAGAAGCUCAGUACUCUGUGGUGCACUGCACUGGCUACAUCAAAGCCUGGCCCCCUGCAGGUAUGACUAUACCAGAAGAAGACACAGAGGCAGGUCAGACUGGAAAAUACUGCCUAGUGGCCAUCGGAAGACUGCAGGUGACCAGCUCUCCAGUCUCUAUGGAUAUGAACGGCCUGUCGGUGCCUACAGAGUUCCUGUCACGUCACAAUUCGGAUGGCGUCAUCACUUUCGUUGACCCGCGCUGCAUCAACGUCAUUGGUUAUCAGCCUCAGGACCUGCUGGGAAAAGAUAUCCUGGAGUUCUGCCAUCCUGAGGACCAGAGUCACCUUAGAGAAAGUUUCCAACAGGUGGUGAAAUUGAAGGGUCAGGUCCUGUCGGUGAUGUAUCGUUUCCGAAUGAAGAACAGAGAGUGGAUGUUGAUCCGAACAAGCAGCUUCACCUUCCAAAACCCGUACUCUGAUGAGAUAGAGUACAUCAUCUGCACCAACACCAACGUCAAGCAGCUACAGCAGCAGCAGCAAGCAGAGCUGGAGGUUCACCAGAGAGAUGGACUGACUGCCUACGACCUCUCCCAGGUGCCUGUGGCCAGCGUCAGCAGUGGAGUCCACGAGGCAGGGAAAAACAUCGACAAGACAGAAGCCCUGUUCUCCCAGGAGAGAGACCCACGCUUUGCUGAGAUGUACACUGGCAUCUCUGGCUCGGGAGAUAAGAAGAUGAUGGUCCCCUCCUCUACAGCUGGAGGACAGCAGCUCUACUCCCAGAGCUCUCCUUUCCAGCAGGGACACUCUGGCAAAAGCUUCAGUUCCUCUGUGAUCCAUGUCCCUGGUGUGAAUGACAUCCAGCCAUCAGGCUCAUCCAAUCAGAAUCUAGCUCAGAUUUCCAGACAGCUCAACCCCGGCCAGGUGGCAUGGUCAGGCAACCGGCCCCCCUUCUCUGGACAGUCCAGCAAAGCCCAGUCCAGUCCAUUUGGUAUUGGCUCCGGCCACAGCUACCAGACCGACCCGGCCUCCUACAGUCCCCUGUCGUCACCAGCCACUUCCUCUCCCAGCGGCAACGCCUACUCAGGACUGACGAACCGCAGCACAGCUUUUGAUGUGUCAGGGGAAAGCAGUCAGAGCGGAGCCCAGUUCCAGGGUCGUCCCAGCGAGGUCUGGUCCCAGUGGCAGAACCAACAUCACUCCCAGCAGGCUGGGGAACAGCACACACACCCCAACCCCAGCCAGACAGAGGUCUUCCAGGACAUGUUACCCAUGGCUGGAGAUCCCACCCAGGGAACAGCCAACUACAACAUCGAGGACUUCGCUGACCUUGGCAUGUUCCCACCCUUCUCUGAGUAAAACCCCCUCCCCCCACACCUCCUCCUCUCUCUCUCUCUCUCUCUCUCUCUCUCUCUCUCUCCCCCC